AGCGGCUGCAAAUUGUAAACAAACUCGUCCAACUAGAAAACAACCGUUUUGGAACAGAAUGCCGCCUUAUCAGCGCUGUGGGGAGAUAGUUUUGCUGAAGAAGCGGCAGACGAAUGCCUUUGCCUUCCAGUGCAUCCACUGUCCGGACGAGAAGCUGGCCAAUACACUCAAAGACUUUAAGUCGCAUCUGGCAUCGAAGCACGCGGAAAUUUUUGAUGAUGAGGAGUCGGCACAGACAGCCAGGGAAUCAACCCUGCGUAGUAGGGUCAGCAAAAAGCAGGCCGUAGAUGCAUCGUUGGCUACCGUGAAAGUAGAAUCUCUGGACGCAGAACAGCUCGUUGAUGAUCCUCUUCCUGAUGCUGAAAAUCCGCUGUUUGAUGCUGAUGAUCCUCUUCCUGUUGCCGGUGAUGCUUCUGUAGAAUGCUUUGCGCCAGAGACGGUGUUGGACUGGCCAAGCAGCGAUAGCCAAAGCACCACACUGGAGUUCCUGGAGUCGUGCAAUGAGGCGACAGACCCAACAGACACAACAAUCACAGGCACGGACACCUCGUUCUUCUGGAUGCAGGAGCACCCCAUCAUGCUGGCCUUCAUUGGGCAGCUGGAGGAGCAUCGCCUGCUCUGGGACUUGGGGAUGCUGGCCCACCGCAACUACAAGCGUCGCAGCGAAGCCUGCGCGAUGAUCGCAGAGCAGUUGAACUCCCAGUUCGCUCUGCAGUUUACGGGCGAGGAGGUGGCCGGUCACGCCAAGAGGCUGCAGGCUGUCUACCGGCGUGAGAAACAGCGUCUGGAACAGGAGAUGGCCCAGGGAUCGCCCACGACCCCACAUUGGUACUACGAUAGGUUGGGCUUCCUGGCGAAGAGUUUGCACCGAAAGCGACAUCCCAAGAUGUUGGGGGCUGCCCGGCCCGUGCCCCAACUGAACCAUCAGCAAUGCCUGAAGCUCAUUGACCUCUACCGGCAGUGCAGCGGCACCUGGGACAUGCAGGACCUGUCCUGCCGCCUGCGUCACGUGCGACUCGCGGCCAAGGAUAAGUUGCUGGCGCUGUGCCGCGUCGAGCUACAGAUUCCCUCGCUGGAUCCCUCGCUGCUGCAGCGCUAUACCCGAAACCUGCGCAACGCCUACCAGCAGGAGAAGAUGCGGCGCAUACAGUGCGAGCGGGAGAGUGGCGGCGGCGUGGCCUUCACUCCCCGUUGCCGCUACUACGCGCAGCUGCGGUUCCUCGAGCCACACGUCGCCCCCUUCCAGUGUGAUCUGUGCGAGCAGCUGCUGAACAGCGUGGACGUCUACAAAGUCCACCGGGCCGGGCACGACGGCAGCCUGCCGUUCGUGUGCCCCACCUGCGGCAGGGGCUUCUCGCGGAGCGGCAACUGCACGAUCCACCUGCGCCGGCACACGCACGACUACCAGCUGGGCUGCGAGGAUUGCGGCAAGCGGUUCGCCACCACCUCGGACCUGCAGGUCCACCGACGCUCGCACACAGGAGAGAGGCCCUUCUGCUGCGACAUCUGUGGGAAGCGCUUCAGCACCAGGUCGUUCUUCGAGCGGCAUAAGCGGCGGCACGAUCAGCGGCCACGCGGCAAGUGCCACAUCUGCGACAAAAGCUUCUUCGAGCAGUCCGUACUGAACGAUCACAUCAAGGGGCAUCUGAAUGUGCGCGACAAGGAGUGCGACAUCUGCCACAAGACAUUCACCAGCUGCAAGUACCUGCGCCAGCACAAGGAGAUCCACAAUCCCCAGAAGCGAUACAUCUGCAAGAUCUGCACCAAGGGCUUUGCCCAAUACGCCGGCCUCAGCGGGCACAUGAAGUCGCAUGGUCGGACAGCGGUACUUCUACCUGAUCCCAAAACUAUGCUAGCAAUCCCAUCGUCAACGUCAUAGAUAGACUACUGUAGGAGACAAUUGAAUCCAUACCCAAUCCCCAAUUUGAGGGGAUACAUUUGCGAUUGAUUGUGUGAUUGUGUGGCCCGGCGGGGGCGAGUGGCUGGUUCCUGUCGCUGUUACGAGAGUCACAGACCCAGACCCAUUCACGGAACAAAGCGAAGCCAACAGGCCACAGGGAAGGGUUGGAAGUGGAUCCCUAUCCCCCCUGCCCCCAAGUGGUGGCAGCCUUUCAGCUGAUUAUCGGCAACUAGUUUUAUUUUUAUAUGCAUUUUGUAUAUAUUUUAGCAUUUGUUUGGCUCUA